UGGACCGUAUGGGCCACAGGAGGGUCUGAGAUUGUGCAACAUCUCAUCCCGGCCCUAUGACAGUGGUGUCUCAAGUUUGAGUCGCCGUUGAUCAGUGCUGUACCCGGAUUUGUCACACCCUCUGCGCUGACCCCGCCGGAGCAAGAUCGUCUUAUGUUGCAUUCUUAUUGCCGCCGAGGAGCAUGGAUCAACCGAAAAGACUACCUCGGCCGUGCGCUGACCGGCAGGGCCCUCGGCCUGACAGUCGUCCAAAAGCGCAAACCUUCCCCACGAUGCUCAGGGCACUGUCUCCAUCCGUUCUUCUGCAUGUGGCGGCACAAGCGCAGACCCUGGCUCCAUCUACACCGGCUCCUGCACGACUUGGCACACGUCCUCCGGCCCCGUGUCUCAGUAUUUAGGGAGCCGCCUGCUCGCCCUGUCAAGAGUGUGCCUCCGGCAAGCUGCUUUCUGCCAAGUCCAACCGCUGCAGUCGUCCAAAAUGGCCCCUCCAAAGUUCAUGGGCCUCACAGGCAGGCCCCUCUCGCUGAUGAUCUCGACCGUUGCGACAACAGGGUUCCUCCUCUUCGGAUAUGACCAAGGUGUCAUGAGCGGUAUCAUCACCGCCCCAGCGUUCAACGAUGUGUUCACAGAGACCAGAGACAACGCGACAAUGCAGGGUCUGGUCACGGCCAUCUACGAGAUUGGUUGUCUUGCCGGCGCCAUGUUCAUCCUUGGCGUCGGCGACUUGCUGGGGAGACGGAGGGCAAUCAUGCUGGGUGCCUUUAUCAUGCUGCUCGGAGUCAUCAUUCAGGUUACCGCCUUCCCUGGUGCAAAACCGCUUGCGCAGUUGAUCGUUGGAAGAGUAGUCAUGGGGGUCGGAAACGGCAUCAAUACGUCGACCAUCCCUACUUAUCAAGCCGAGUGCAGCAAAACAACGAACAGGGGGCUGCUGAUUUGCAUCGAGGGCGGCACCAUCGCUUUUGGCACCUUGAUUGCCUACUGGAUCGACUACGGCGCGUCAUACGGCCCCAACGACCUCGUGUGGCGGUUCCCGAUCGCAUUUCAGAUCGUCUUUGCCUUCUUCAUCGUCAUCCCUAUGUUCUUCCUGCCCGAGUCUCCGAGAUGGCUGCUGAGUCACCAACGCGUGGCGGACGCCGACAGGGUCAUUGCUGCCAUCCGCGGAUACGAGAUCGAGAGCGAGGAGACGGUGCUUGAACGAAACGUCAUUAUCGACUCGCUCCGCGCUGCCGGCGACUACGGCCAGAAGAGCACACCGAUCAAGGCCCUCUUCACUGGCGGGAAGACGCAGCAUCUGCGGCGCAUGUUACUCGGAUCGAGCUCGCAGUUCAUGCAGCAGAUCGGCGGCUGCAACGCCGUCAUCUACUACUUCCCCAUUCUGUUCCAGAGGUCCAUUGGCGAAGACCACAACAUGAGUCUGCUCCUCGGUGGCGUCAACAUGGUUGUCUACGCCAUCUUCGCUACCACUUCCUGGUUCGUCAUCGAGCGCGUCGGCCGGAGGCGCCUGUUCUUGAUCGGCUCGAUUGGUCAGUGCUUGAGCAUGGUGAUCACCUUCUCCUGCCUGAUCCCCGGCGAUCCCAUGUCGGCUCGCGGCGCCGCCGUCGGCCUCUUCACGUACAUUGCCUUCUUCGGCGCCACCUGGCUGCCGCUCCCGUGGCUCUACCCGGCCGAGGUCAACCCGGUCAAGACGCGCGGCAAGGCCAACGCCACCAGCACGUGCGUCAACUGGCUCUUCAACUUCCUGAUCGUCAUGGUCACGCCCAUCAUGGUGGACAAUAUCGGCUGGGGCACCUAUCUCUUCUUCGCCGCCGUCAACGCCUGCUUCAUCCCCGUCAUCUACUUCUUCUACCCGGAGACGGCGCGCCGCUCACUCGAGGAGAUCGACAUCAUCUUCGCCAAGGGCCACGUCGAGGGCAUCUCGUACGUCCAGGCGGCCAAGGAGCUGCCGCACCUGCAGCCGACCGAGAUCGAGCGGUAUGCCAGGCAAUACGGCCUCGUCGACGACAAUGCUCGCGAUGGCGCCCCCCGCCGGGAUGCACGUGACGAGGAAGAGAAGCCGCAGGUCAGCGGGUCGAAUAGCAGCAAUGAUGUUGCUGUCCAUGAGAACGGUGUCGAGGCUGGCCUCGGGGAAGGGCUUAAGAUGUCCGAGCGGGCAGAUCGAGACUAAAACUUCGAGGGUGCCGCAAUUUGUUUUGGGAGGGUAAACGACAUGAAUGAUGACCUAGGAGAUACCGACCCUGGAAAGGAAUAGGGUGCCGAUGUUCCAAAGGGUAUUUUUAUUGACCU